AAUGAAAAGAAAGUUUUAUUCCUGGGAGGAGUGCAUGAACCUUCGUGAGGUUAAGCUCACGGCCAGAUUUCACCCCGGGUCAUCGUGUGCUGACCUCCUGCCGAGAGAAUAGAAGCUGGAACAUCCAAGAGCAUCAGAAAUAAGGAAUGAUUCAGGGACAUUUUCUUAGAAACGCAGAGGCUUGAGAGGCAUCCUUGACUUGGAUACUGAGCCUUUGCUUUUAUAUACGACUCGCUGUGCAUUCAUUGUGAUGGAAGAGCUUGCUGGGGCCUCCAGCUUAGAAAACCUGUAGGCGCACGGCAUCUGAGGAAGCAGGCACCACGCUGGGAAGGAUCAGCGGAGGAGCUGGUCCUCCAGCUGGUGACCGCCAAGACACUUCCCGCCCUUCCUGGCCUGCACAGACGCCACUUCAGCUGCCCCACAUCUGCCCAUGGUGACGUCACACAAACUACCACCCGGGACACAGCCGAGCGCUGAUAGGAAGGGUGUGGAAGGAGACAGAAGGGCGGCCUCCUCCACAGUCCUUCAUCCCGUCCUCCUCGCGAGGUUCUUUUCUGCCUGCUGACGUAAAAGGGACAGGAGAGGAAGGUUACUGAAGCACCAUCGUUCCUCAUGUGCUGCCUCCCGCUGACAGCGAAGGAAACGAAGAGAGCUCCUGCGCUUCACCACACGCACAACUGCAGCUUCUCCACUCGUCCCGUCUGUCCUCGUGUGCCCCCCGGGGAGCCUGCAGAUCUUCACCCGGCGGCCCGCUGACAGAGGGUCCUUGCUCCUGCAAUGUCGUGAGAGAAGGGGGACCCGGUGACAUUUUCUCUGAAGUACUGCUUACAUGGUGCUGUGGCCUCCGGUCUUUAAAGAAGCUCAACCAUGCCAAUGUAGUAAAAUUAAAAGAAGUCAUCAGGGAAAAUGAUCAUCUUUAUUUUAUCUUCGAGUACAUGAAGGAAAAUCUCUACCAGCUCAUUAAAGAAAGAAAUAAGUUGUUUCCAGAGUCUGCUAUCAGGAAUAUCAUGUAUCAGAUCUUGCAGGGACUGGCAUUUAUCCACAAACACGGCUUCUUCCACCGGGACCUGAAGCCUGAGAAUCUCCUCUGCAUGGGACCAGAACUGGUGAAAAUCGCAGACUUUGGUUUGGCCCGGGAAAUCCGAUCAAGACCUCCCUACACAGACUAUGUGUCUACCAGAUGGUAUAGGGCUCCAGAAGUCCUCCUGCGGUCCACCAACUACAGCUCCCCCAUUGACGUCUGGGCUGUGGGCUGCAUCAUGGCGGAGGUGUACACUCUCAGGCCGCUCUUCCCUGGGGCCAGUGAAAUUGACACGAUAUUCAAAAUCUGCCAAGUGUUGGGGACACCGAAAAAGACCGACUGGCCUGAGGGCUAUCAACUUUCAAGUGCAAUGAACUUCCGCUGGCCCCAGUGCAUACCCAAUAACUUGAAGACCCUGAUUCCAAAUGCUAGCAGCGAAGCAGUUCAGCUCCUGAGAGACAUGCUUCAGUGGGAUCCUAAGAAACGACCAACAGCUAGUCAGGCACUGCGAUAUCCCUACUUCCAGCUUGGACACCUGCUGGGCAUCACCCCGCAGAGCCUGCCGGACUCAGGAAAGCCACAGAAGGAUGUCCUAGAAAAGGCAGGCCCACCUCCGCACAUCAAGCCAGUCCCCCCUGCCCAGCCCCCAGCCAAGCCGCACGCGCGAAUUUCUUCCCGGCAACAUCACGCCAGCCAGGCCCCUCAGCACCUCCUGUGCCCCUACAAAGCAGAGGCCUCCAGGACAGAUCCCCCGAGCCAUAUUCAGGAGGACAAGCCAAGCCCACUGCUUUUCCCAUCCCUGCACAACAAGAAUCCUCAGGCGAAAAUCCUAGCUGGCCUGGAGCACAAAAAUGGUGAGAUCAAGCCAAAGAGUAGGAGAAGGUGGGGCCUCAUGUCCAGGUCCACUAAGGAUUCUGAGGACUGGGCCGACGUGGAUGACUUGGAUUUCAGUCCGUCCCUCACCAGGAUUGAGCUGAAGAACAAGAAGAGACAGAGUGACGACGCGCUCUGCAGAUUUGAGAGCGUUUUGGACCUAAAGCCCUCGGAGCCCGUGGGCACGGGGAGUAGCGCCCCCACGCAGACCUGCUGUCCGCGGCGAGACACGCCCACCCUGAGGUCUGCAGCCAAGCAGCACUACCUGAAGCACUCUCGAUACUUGCCUGGAAUAAAUAUACGAAAUGGCAUGCUCCUAACUUCAGGGAAGGACUUCCUCCCGUCUAACCCGUGGUCCAGUUCUGGCUUGUCUGGAAAGUCUUCUGGAACAGUGUCGGUAAUCAGCAAAAUAAAUUCAGUUGGUUCCGGCUCUACAAGUUCUAGUGGACUGACUGGAAAUUACAUCCCUUCCUUUCUGAAAAAAGAAAUUGGUUCUGCUAUGCCAAGAGUACACCUGGCACCUAUUCCAGACCCUUCCCCUGGCUAUUCUUCGCUGAAGGCUGUGAGACCUCAUCCUGGGCGGCCUUUCUUCCACACUCAGCCAAGAAGCACUCCUGGCUUGAAACCCCGGCCUCCAGCCGCCCAGCCAGUGCACGGCCGGACAGACUGGGCGUCCAAGUACCCGGCUCGGCGAUGACCAUCUCAGCAGCAAGGGUCUUUUAUAGGGGAAGAGCAGGACACUCUCCCUCGGCUGACGAGGGCUGACCUGCGAAACUGUGUGGAUGAUGUAAAAGCAAAUCAGUGCUUUAUGGUUAUUCUUCUGAGCUAAGACAUUUCAAUAUUCUUUUUUAAAGUUUUUUUAAAUAUUGAUUUGAAUGCAAUACCCUCUUUUGGUAUAAAAUUAUUUUAUUCUAAAACUAGGUCUCAUUAUUUUCUUAAAUAACAGCAUUUUGUAUAUAUGGAUUAUGUUUUAGCAUUUUAUACCGUCAACUUUGUAAUGAACUUUUUAAAGAUUAAGUGAUUUUUCUUUUGGAGUUCCAGAUAAUAUUUUAUACAGAUUUUGAAAAAUGUAAUAAUAUUGAUACAGUAUUGCAACAAGGGUGAAAUGCAAGGCUACCAGACAAAGGGUUAUUUACUCAGUAUGUGCGAAUAUCAGAAUAUCACGGUGUGGUUACAUUGUUAACGUGGCUUUCUCGGACUGACUUUAAGAAAGGAAUCAUCUGCUUAUCCUAAUACCACGUCACUGUUUUUGAUACCACUGUGCUAUCCUAAAAGUACUGUUGCAUCAUCCACUUUGUUUUAUUUCUGUUUCCUGGAACAAAGAACACUAUAAAUAUGUUUUACAAUUUUCACAACACCCUUGGAUGUGGUUGUGAUACCUAAAUGAAACCAACCUUAAUCAUACUAA